AUGGGCAGUGUCCUGUUUGCACUUGAGACCGGCCAUGAUCAUAGGCGGGGUGUCCCUGAGCGUCAAUCAUAUAUCCUUCCUUGGGUCCUGUGGAAUGCACAGGCGACAACCUCCACCCAAAUCAGCAACGAAAUGAUCUAUAAUAAUGCAAGAGGAUCCACCGCAGAGAACGCAGAGAACACGCGGAGCGAAGGUGGUCAACUGGGGCCUGACGCAUAA